UAUUACCAUUAAUCAAUUUUCGCUUUUGCAAGACUAGAUUUGGCAGCAAUAAUUCGAUCUGCAAUUCGUCCGCCUCGACCAGAGAGUUCCCUCGCCAUUGCUUCUUGUGCGUUCAAUUUCCCUCGCCAUUAAUUCCAUUCUGCAGCACUGUUAAUGCUCCUCCUCGUUCGUUUAAUUUCACUUCAAGAAGUGAAAUUGGCGAUUGGUACGUCUGAUUCCAGUGAUUAUCAAUUCUAAAAAAGCGUUAGUCGAGAGAUGAGUUAAGAGUGAUUGAUUGAUUGAGCGAUGGGGCGCGGGAUCUCUGUGUUGAUUCAACCCAGGAGUCUGCUGAUUUUCGUCGCGGUUUUAGCUCUGAUAUUUUUCGCUUCUUCAUUCUCUCGACAGGAGGUAGAGAAUGCAGAAGAAGUUCAUGAAAUCACCCAUAGAGUAUUUUUGGAUGUUGACUUAGAUAAACAACGAUUAGGGAGAAUCACAAUUGGAUUAUAUGGUCAAGUGGUGCCGAAGACUGUUGAGAAUUUUAGGGCUUUGUGCACAGGUGAGAUGGGUAAAGCUGCUAAUGGAGUAGUUCUUCACUAUAAAGGAACUCCAUUUCAUCGUAUUAUACCUGGAUUCAUGAUACAAGGAGGAGAUAUCGUUUCUGGAAAUGGGAAAGGAAAUCAAUCUAUAUACAGCGGUACCUUCCGUGAUGAGAAUUUCAAGUUGAAGCAUACACAUGCUGGGACAGUGUCUAUGGUUAAUUCAGGCCCCGAUUCCAAUGGUUCCCAGUUUUUUAUCACAACAGUGAAGGCGUACUGGUUGGAUGGUGAGCAUGUUGUUUUUGGCAAAGUGAUUGAUGGAAUGGACACGGUGUAUGCAAUCGAGGGCAGUGCAGGAACCUACAGUGGGAAGCCUAGGAAGAAGGUGAUUGUCUCUGAUUCUGGGGAAAUACCCAAAAGCAAGUGGGACGAGGACAGCCGACUUCCAGUCACACAACGAUAAGAAAAGAUUCAAAAAAAAGUACCGAAAAGUUCAACUUACUCUUUGGUAUAAUCUGUUGUAUGUCUCUGUGCCAAAAAUUCUAUACAGUUGAUAAACGAUAUAUAUAUAUAUAUAGCUCAGCUUUUGCUUCUUGGGAACACUUUAAUGUAUGUUCUUUUGAUUACUUUUUCGGAAACUGAUUUAUAUUUGUUAUUGUAGAAAAGAAGGGUUGAGUAAAUUAAUGAAUAGCCGGAUUUUGGUUUC